AUGGACGUUGCCCAGCUGCAGGACUGGCUGGACCAGGGGCCGAAGAAGGAGCUUGACCUGGAAGGGGGCUUUGUGCACGGCAACGGUCGCGACACAGUCGACGUGACGCGGCCGGACCUCGUGAUCCGGAACGCGUACAUCCGCGGGGUGCGGAUGUACGUCCAGGAGCCCGGGUCGGGCCUCACCAUGGAGAACGUCGUCCUGCGCGACUACCACAACAACUCAGAGGGGGGGCUCGUGGGGGUGGUGCAGGUGCACGGUGCGACGAACGUGCGCAUAAGGAGGUGCAAGAUGAGCAACGGGGUCGGGCGGGCGUGCUGCGGGCUGUACGCGACGGACGGAGCGAAGGUGUACGUGGAAGGGAGCGAGUGCUGCAACAACGGGGCGUCGGGCGUGUUCGCGAGCGUCCCCGGCACGGAGGUCCAGUUGAAGGACACGAAGUGCAACUACAACGACAGACGCGGCGUGACGGCGCGGCAGGCCGCCAAGGUGACGAUCGAGAACGGCGAGCUGUGUUACAACUUCGGCGACGCGAAGGAGUCGUCUGCUCUCGGGAAGAUCCAGGUCGCGGGCAACGUUCAUUUCGAGCACAACAUUUGGCAGUAA